CUCCACCUUCUUACUGCUCCCUCAGAGGGUUGGGUCCAGAGAUUUAAGCUGAGAGGAAGAGGAAGCUGAGCUAACUUAGCAGUGACACGAGUUUCCUCCAUUUAUCAGCCAGAUUUCAACAGACUGGGCGGCGGUUUACUUUGGCAAAAGCACUGUGCCGCGAACAAUGAUCCCAUUGACAGGUGCGGAGUGGCUGCUGUGUUUUUGAAGUAUAACUGUGAUCUGGAAGUGAAUGUGAUGAUGAGGAGGAACAAGCUGCACUUUGGAUUAUGAUGAAGCUAACUUGGUCUCAACAAUUCACAACAGCAAAUAUGCUUCGGCAACUUCAGGAGUUGGGCUCUCAUGCCUUGGAUAUCUACAAUUACCUCUUGGCAGGAAUGGAUCCACGGAUAAAGGACUACCCAUUGAUGGAGAGUCCUGUUCCCAUGACGGCAAUACUAUUGGUCUACCUGUUUUUCAUAAUGUAUGUGGGACCUCGCAUUAUGGCCAACCGGAAACCCUUCCAGCUGAAAGAGGCCAUGAUAGUCUACAAUUUCUUGCUGGUGGCUCUAUCGGUUUACAUUGUGUAUGAGUUUCUGAUGUCUGGUUGGGCUACAACGUAUACUUGGAGAUGUGAUGCAAUUGAUACCUCAAAUAGUCCUCAAGCUCUAAGAAUGGUCAGUGUUGCAUGGCUCUUCUGGUUUUCAAAGAUAAUUGAGCUGAUGGACACAAUCUUCUUUGUGUUGAGGAAAAAACACGGCCAGAUUACGUUCCUGCACAUCUUUCACCACUCCUUCAUGCCGUGGACCUGGUGGUGGGGAGUCAGCUUUGCUCCUGGUGGAAUGGGAUCUUUCCAUGCCAUGGUGAACUCUUCCGUCCAUGUCAUCAUGUAUUUCUAUUAUGGUCUUUCUGCUGCUGGACCGCGCUUCCAGAAGUUUUUGUGGUGGAAAAAAUACAUGACUGCCAUUCAGCUGACCCAGUUUGUCCUGGUCUCCCUCCACGCCACUCAGUAUUACUUCAUGGACAGCUGUGACUACCAGUUCCCCACCAUCAUUCACCUCGUCUGGAUGUACGGCACCUUCUUCUUCAUCCUCUUCUCCAACUUCUGGGUCCAAGCCUACGUGAAGGGUAAGCGGCUGCCCAAACAGGACACCAAGGAACAGAACGGUGCAGUGGCAUACGCAAACGGCAAACACCAAGAGAACGGAAAAGUCCACGAAAACGGCAAAUUGUAUGAGAACAGCAGCAGUAACGGCAUCCACCACGCAGCUACCAACGGCUCCACUCAAUAUGAGAACGGCCGCGCCCACAACGGCAAGAUGAAGAAAGCUUAGAGACUUUGGAAAGAAGUACCCAGGAAGUAUGACCUAGUCAGCUUGUUAAAAUUACUAUGGAUUCCAAAGAAUAAUUUGACUGUUUUACAGUUUGUUUGUUUUUUUUUUGUUGUUUUUUUUAGUUUCUUGUGUAAAACA